AUGAAGACAGACGAUGAGAGAGAGGGUGGCUUUUUUUAUGGUCGUUCAUCCUCUGGUGACUCAGACACAAGAAACUUACUCUUUAGCCUUGGAUUUGGUGCUUCAGGAGAGUCUGAAUACACAUCAAGAAAACGUCAGAACACUGGCAGUUUAACGUUUGAAGACUCAACAGCAGAACUACCAAAAGGAGAAUCAGGUGGCUUUUUUUAUGGUCGUUCAUCCUAUGGUGACUCAGACACAAGAAACUCACUCUUUGGCCUUGGAUUUGGUGCCUCAGGAGAGUCUGAAUACAAGUCCAGAAAAGGUCAGAAUGCUGGCAGUUUAAUGUUAGAAGACUCAACAGGAGGUGGCUUUUUUUACGGUAGUUCAUCCUCUCAUGAUUCAGACACGAGAAACUCACUUUUUGGCUUUCACAUCAAUGCUCCAGGGGAGGAUGAAGACAAGUCCAGAGAACGUCGGGACACUGACAGUUCAGCAUUAGAAGAUUCGACAACAGGUGGCAUUGCCAACAGUGUCUCUGAUGGUACAGAAGUUGGUGGUACUUCUUCAACUCAAAUUGAAAUUGAUGGGGAUCUAUCUGACCAAGAUGAAUUUGACGCGAAUGCAGGAUAUGGACUAGCUGGCUCUCAUUCUGCUGCCAGGGAAAUAGCAGGUGCCUCAAGUACAAAAAGUGGGGUUGAAUAUUUUGAUGGUGUCUCUGAAGAUUCAGGAGUCGAUCUGGGGUCACCUGAUCAACAGGGCUUUGAAUUCAGUGGAAUUGUUGGGAAUGGAAAGAGAAGCACUGGCUCCGCUGAGGCUGGAUACUUGAGUCCUGGAUCUGAUGUCAGUGACUCAGGAGGAAACACUUGGUCUUCUGAUUCUGGAAGUGGUGAAGAAACGAAAGGUGCAGCUGAAUAUGGUGUUGGUGUCACAAGCUCAUAUGAAUACAAUACAUCUGGACCACUCAGUAUUCCAGAAAAAGGAUCCCAUAUUCCAGAAGCAACUCCGAAAUACUCAGAAACCAAUGCAAUUAUUGGCGAAGCUGUUACUUGGGGCAAAGGAGCAUAUAAAGCUUUCAACGGCCGCAUCUUUUCCUUUGUAUCUUCAUGCGUGUACACUUUCUGCCGUCACUGCGUUGAAUCUGGAGGAGAUUUCAAUAUUGAGAUCAAACGAAACAAUGACAGUGAGAUUGAAAAAAUAACAGUUCUAAUUGACAAUAAUGACAUCUCUAUUUUUGGUGAUAUUAUUUUAGUUAAUGGAGAAAGUGUACAGAUACCAUAUAACAAUAAAUUGAUUCACAUUAAAAAAUACGGAGAAUACAAUGUCCUGAAUAGCCGUAGAGGAAUCCUUUCUUUAAUGUGGGACAAAGAUAACAAACUCUCACUCACUCUUCACAAGCAAUAUCCAACUUGUGGUCUUUGUGGUAACUUCAACACCACUCCAGGGUCAGAUAUUAAUGAGCACAUUGCCAAUAGUAAGAUUCCUGGUGAUUGUCCCAGUGCUAUUAGUAAAAGCUAUGAAGUUUGUGAAGAUGGAGUAGAGUAUUGUAACAAAAUUAUUGAAACCUACUUUGAGAAAUGUGGAAAGGUUGCCACUUUAUCCAAUGACUAUAAAAUGAUCUGCAUUGAUGAGUACUGCCAAACUAGAGACAAAGAAUCUACAUGUGACACAUAUUCAGAAUUGUCCCGCCUCUGUGCCUCAGAUGGUCCUGGCACCUUUGAAUCUUGGCGAAACGAUUUCGAUGUGGUUUGCGAACAACCUAGCUGCCCAGAACAACAUAUCUACAAAGAAUGUGGACCCUCCAAUCCUGCAACUUGUUCUAAUGUGGCCCCUUUUCAAGACAGUGAAUGUGUGAGUGGCUGCACCUGCUCAGAAGGUUAUCUAUUGGAUGAUAUUGGAACAAAAGGAAAAUGUGUUCUGAAGGCUGAAUGUCCCUGUGAAUCCAAUGGAAAAGUGUAUCAGCCAGGAGAAGUCCGAGAAGGUCCUUGUGGUUCCCAGUGUACAUGCCAAGAAGCAAAGUGGUCUUGUACUGAAGCAUUAUGUCCUGGAAGAUGUAAGGUGGAAGGAAGUUCAUUUACCACCUUUGAUGGUAUUAAAUACAACCAUCCUGGAAACUGUUACUUCUUGGCCAUUCACGAUAAAGAUUGGUCUGUUAGUGUUGAGCUUCGUCCCUGUCCAAGUGGUCAGACAGGAACAUGCUUGAAUAGCAUUACACUUCUCUUGAAUUCUUCUGUUUCAGUUGACAAAUACAUAUUCAACAGAGAUGGAACAGUCACAAAUGACAAGAUCAGAAAUCAAGGUUAUUAUUAUUCAGAUAAAAUACAGAUCUUCAAUGCAUCUUCCUCAUAUCUUCAAGUAGAAACAUACUAUCAUGUAAAAAUGCAAAUACAAAUUGUUCCUGUGAUGCAAUUAUAUGUGUCCAUGCCACCUAACCAAUUUACAGACACCGUAGGACUCUGUGGUUCCUACAACAACAAAGCAGAGGAUGAUUUCAUGUCAAGUCAGAAUAUAUUGGAGAAGACAUCUCAGGCAUUUGCUAGCUCUUGGGAAAUGACAUCCUGUCCUAAAGGAGACUCCGCUUCAUGUAUCAGUAUAGAAAAAGAAAAGUUUGCUGAAAAGCAAUGUGGGAUUCUUCUUGAUUCGAGUGGGCCUUUUGCUUCCUGCCAUCCAAUUGUGAACCCUAAAUCCUAUCAUGAGGAAUGCAAAAAAUACACUUGCUCUUGUGAAAACAGUCAAGAUUGCUUGUGCACGAUUUUAGGAAACUAUGUGAAAGCGUGUGCUGAGAAGGAAACCUACAUAGCAGGAUGGAGAACGGGACGUUGUGAACACUCUUGUCCAAGUGGCCUAGUUUUCAAGUACAAUGUAAAAGCCUGCAAUAGUUCUUGCCGAUCACUGUCAGAGAGAGAUAGGAGCUGUGAUGUAGAAGAUGUUCCAGUUGAUGGAUGCACCUGCCCUGAUGGAAUGUACCAGAAUAAUGAAGGGAACUGUGUUUCGAAAUCUCAGUGUGACUGCUACAUAAAUGACGAGGUCAUGCAACCAGGCAAACUCAUCCAUAUUGGUGAUAAUAAAUGUGUCUGUCGGGAUGGAAUUCUUCUGUGCCAGAUUCCCAUUGAUUUAACCCUACAAAAUUGUUCUGGAGGAGCUGAGUAUGUAGACUGCAGUGAUCCAAAGGCACAGAGAAGAAGUGACAGAACAUGUAGCACCCGGAACAUACCUACUUUUGGUGAGGACUUGCCUUGCAAACGUGGGUGCUACUGUCCAGAAGGAAUGGUUCGAAAUUCUAAAGGAAAAUGUGUCUUUCCUGAUGACUGUCCAUGUUCUUUUGGUGGACAAGAAUAUGACCAAGGAAGUGUCACUUCAGUUGGCUGCAAUCAAUGUACUUGCAUAAAAGGGGCUUGGAGCUGUACACAAAAUGAAUGUCAAACUACCUGCCACAUCUAUGGGGAAGGUCACAUUAGAACUUUUGAUGGGAAAAGUUACAGCUUUGAUGGUCUCUGUCAGUAUUCAUUUCUUGAGGAUUACUGUGGUGGUGAAAAUGGCACAUUUCGUAUUUUGACUGAGAGUGUCCCAUGCUGUGAAGAUGGGCUCACAUGUUCAAGAAAAAUCAUAGUUGCUUUCCAGGAUCAGAAUGUUGUCUUGCAAGAUGGUAAAGUAACUGCAGUGAAAACUACAGAAAAUAAAGAAUGUGAACUUAAGACAAAUGCAUACUCCAUACAUACUGUUGGCCUGUACUUGAUUCUGAAAUUUCUAAAUGGAAUAAUCAUUAUAUGGGACAAAAAUACAAGACUGUCUGUUAUACUGGAUCCAAGCUGGAAUGGCAAAGUGUGUGGUCUUUGCGGAAAUAACAAUGGUGAUCUCAAGGAUGAUUUCACAACAAGAUACUCAUCAGUAGCUGCUGGAGCGCUGGAAUUUGGAAACAGUUGGAAAACCAGUCAAGAAUGUUCAGACACAGUAACUCAAAGUUUCCCAUGUGACUCAAACCCCUACUGCAAAGCCUGGGCCGUGCGGAAAUGUGAGGUCAUCAGAGACAGCACCUUCAGAGACUGCCACAACAAGGUUGACCCAAGCGCUUACUAUGACGCGUGCAUCGAGGAAGCCUGCGCCUGCGACUUGGAGGGGAAGUACCUCGGAUUCUGCACCGCCGUGGCUAUGUACGCGGAGGCGUGCAGUGCAGUCGGGGUCUGUGUCUCGUGGAGAAAACCAAAUCUGUGUCCUGUCUACUGUGAUUAUUACAAUGCGCCUGGGGAAUGCAGCUGGCAUUAUGAACCUUGUGGUACAGUGGCUGCAAAAACAUGCAAAGAUCGGGUCAUUGGCCAGAAAUUUUCUUCACUUUUAGAGGGUUGUUACGCUAAGUGCCCAGAGAGUGCCCCCUACCUGGAUGAGAACACCAUGAAAUGUGUCAGUUUAACUGAGUGCAGCUGCUUCUAUAAUGAUAUCAUACCAGCAGGGGGAGUGAUCGAAGAUAAUUGUGGAAGAACCUGCUAUUGUAUUGCAGGAGAGUUGGUGUGCAGUGAAAUUCCUCCUACAAAUUCAACAUUUGCAGUUUCCUCUACAAUAGCUACAUCCAUAAUAAGCACCAGCGCAGCAAUUACACUGGUUACCAGUAACUCAAGCACAGCAGCAUCCAUUCCAGGGAUUACAGCAUCAAGCAGUGAAACAAUAGGAACAACUCCUUUCACUGAACCUUUUACUGCAGGCAUUACUAGAAUUUCGGUUCCCACCACCUCAGCUGCUGGAAGUGCAGGCACGACAGGAGUAGCGAGCCCCACGGCUCCCAGUGCUGGGAGCAUAUCAGGAACAACUAGAAGAGCAGAUGCAACCCCCACUGGAGCUGCUGGUGAAAAUACAUCUGGAAGAACAGGCAAACCUGCUGUAUCAUCUGGAACAACCCCCAAAAGUGGAGGUGACAGUACCCCUGGAGAAGCAGGUAUUGCAGCCAUAGGUUCUGGGACCACAGGUGUUUAUGUAGCCUCCAUCACUGCCAGCCCUAGAACCUCAGCUCUCCCAGCCACAACCUCUGAAAGCAGCAAAUCAGAAACUGCUGGACCAUCAGUUGGUGAAACAACUGGAGCCCCAAGCAGUGAAGUGACACCAUCUGAAGGCACAGCAGGUGAAACAGGACAGUCUGUUGGAACUACCACUGGAUCUGCCAGUGACAUAGUUAGAACAUCUUUUACUGGUUCCAGCCCACGAGAACUCAGAAGGCCAGGCCCUGGCUCACCUAGUUACUUUAGUGGUUUAACAAUUGGAGUGGGGAAUGCAGCUACUACUGGAGCUGCUGGUGAAAACACUUCUGGAGCAUCAGGUUCUAUAGAAGGGUCUGUGGUAGCUACCACUGGAUCAGGCAGUAGGAAGAUGGCUGGAAGAGCAGGCACUGGGACCACUGGCCCUGGAAACCCAGCAGUCUCAGGCACACCUGCAGUACCACCUGAAGCAACCCCUGGAGCUGGAGGAAGUAGCACUCACAGGGAACCAGGCACUGGAACCACAAGUCUUGGAAAGUCAGGGACCCCAGCAAUAUCUGGUGUCUCAAGCACCAGUAGCCCUGUGAGUGAAAACUCCAAUGCAGCCUCAAUGGCAAUUUCUGGAAGCAAACCAGGUACACCUGAAACAUCAGGUGGUACAACUAGUGGUGGUGAAAGUACACCUGGGCUGCCCAGCAGUGGUACUAAUACCACAAGCUCUUCACAUAAACCAGCUUCAAGUGGACAGUCAGCUGGAGUGACAGAGACAAGUGUUGUAUCAGCUGGAGUGACAGGGAAAAGUGGACGCUCGGCUGCAGUAACGGGGACAGCUGGUGGGUCCGUUAAGGUGGCAGGGACCAGUGGACCAUCUGCUGGAGUUACAGGUUCAACUGGACUCUCCGCGGGAGUGACAGGUUCAGGUGGACAAUCUGCUGGAGUGACAGCUUCCAGUGGACAGUCCGCUGGAGUGACAGGUUCAAGGGGACAAUCAGCUGGAGUGACAGAGGGAGCGACAGCUUCAAGUGGACAGUCAGCUGGAGUGACAGAGACAAGUGUUGUAUCAGCUGGAGUGACAGGGAAAAGUGGACGCUCGGCUGCAGUAACGGGGACAGCUGGUGGGUCCGUUAAGGUGGCAGGGACCAGUGGACCAUCUGCUGGAGUUACAGGUUCAACUGGACUCUCCGCGGGAGUGACAGGUUCAGGUGGACAAUCUGCUGGAGUGACAGCUUCCAGUGGACAGUCCGCUGGAGUGACAGGUUCAAGGGGACAAUCAGCUGGAGUGACAGAGGUGGCAGGGACCAGUGGACCAUCUGCUGGAGUUACAGGUUCAACUGGACUCUCCGCGGGAGUGACAGGUUCAGGUGGACAAUCUGCUGGAGUGACAGCUUCCAGUGGACAGUCCGCUGGAGUGACAGGGAAAAGUGGACGCUCGGCUGCAGUAACGGGGACAGCUGGUGGGUCCGUUAAGGUGGCAGGGACCAGUGGACCAUCUGCUGGAGUUACAGGUUCAACUGGACUCUCCGCGGGAGUGACAGGUUCAGGUGGACAAUCUGCUGGAGUGACAGCUUCCAGUGGACAGUCCGCUGGAGUGACAGGUUCAAGGGGACAAUCAGCUGGAGUGACAGAGGCAACUGGUCCAUCAGAUGGAGUGACAGGAAGAGCUGUCCUCUCAAGUGGAGUAACAGGGACAGCUGGACAAUCAGUUAAGGUGGCAGGGACCAGUGGACCAUCUGCUGGAGUUACGGGUUCAAGUGGACUGUCAGCUGGAGUGACAGGUUCAAGUGGACCCUCAGCUGGAGCGACAGCUUCAAGUGGACAGUCAGCUGGAGUGACAGAGACAAGUGUUGUAUCAGCUGGGGCGACAGGGAAAAGUGGACGCUCGGCUGCAGUAACGGGGACAGCUGGUGGGUCCGUUAAGGUGGCAGGGACCAGUGGACCAUCUGCUGGAGUUACAGGUUCAACUGGACUCUCCGCGGGAGUGACAGGUUCAGGUGGACAAUCUGCUGGAGUGACAGCUUCCAGUGGACAGUCCGCUGGAGUGACAGGUUCAAGGGGACAAUCAGCUGGAGUGACAGAGGCAACUGGUCCAUCAGAUGGAGUGACAGGAAGAGCUGUCCUCUCAAGUGGAGUAACAGGGACAGCUGGACAAUCAGUUAAGGUGGCAGGGACCAGUGGACCAUCUGCUGGAGUUACGGCUUCAAGUGGACAGUCAGCUGGAGUGACAGAGACAAGUGUUGUAUCAGCUGGGGCGACAGGGAAAAGUGGACGCUCGGCUGCAGUAACGGGGACAGCUGGUGGGUCCGUUAAGGUGGCAGGGACCAGUGGACCAUCUGCUGGAGUUACAGGUUCAACUGGACUCUCCGCGGGAGUGACAGGUUCAAGGGGACAAUCAGCUGGAGUGACAGAGGCAACUGGUCCAUCAGAUGGAGUGACAGGAAGAGCUGUCCUCUCAAGUGGAGUAACAGGGACAGCUGGACAAUCAGUUAAGGUGGCAGGGACCAGUGGACCAUCUGCUGGAGUUACGGGUUCAACUGGUGGGUCCGUUAAGGUGGCAGGGACCAGUGGACCAUCUGCUGGAGUUACAGGUUCAACUGGACUCUCCGCGGGAGUGACAGGUUCAGGUGGACAAUCUGCUGGAGUGACAGCUUCCAGUGGACAGUCCGCUGGAGUGACAGGUUCAAGGGGACAAUCAGCUGGAGUGACAGAGGUGGCAGGGACCAGUGGACCAUCUGCUGGAGUUACAGGUUCAACUGGACUCUCCGCGGGAGUGACAGGUUCAGGUGGACAAUCUGCUGGAGUGACAGCUUCCAGUGGACAUGGACCAUCUGCUGGAGUUACGGGUUCAAGUGGACUGUCAGCUGGAGUGACAGGUUCAAGUGGACCCUCAGCUGGAGCGACAGCUUCAAGUGGACAGUCAGCUGGAGUGACAGAGACAAGUGUUGUAUCAGCUGGAGUGACAGGGAAAAGUGGACGCUCGGCUGCAGUAACGGGGACAGCUGGUGGGUCCGUUAAGGUGGCAGGGACCAGUGGACCAUCUGCUGGAGUUACAGGUUCAACUGGACUCUCCGCGGGAGUGACAGGUUCAGGUGGACAAUCUGCUGGAGUGACAGCUUCCAGUGGACAGUCCGCUGGAGUGACAGGUUCAAGGGGACAAUCAGCUGGAGUGACAGAGGGACCAUCUGCUGGAGUUACGGGUUCAAGUGGACUGUCAGCUGGAGUGACAGGUUCAAGUGGACCCUCAGCUGGAGCGACAGCUUCAAGUGGACAGUCAGCUGGAGUGACAGAGACAAGUGUUGUAUCAGCUGGGGCGACAGGGAAAAGUGGACGCUCGGCUGCAGUAACGGGGACAGCUGGUGGGUCCGUUAAGGUGGCAGGGACCAGUGGACCAUCUGCUGGAGUUACAGGUUCAACUGGACUCUCCGCGGGAGUGACAGGUUCAGGUGGACAAUCUGCUGGAGUGACAGCUUCCACUGGACAAUCAGUUAAGGUGGCAGGGACCAGUGGACCAUCUGCUGGAGUUACGGGUUCAAGUGGACUGUCAGCUGGAGUGACAGGUUCAAGUGGACCCUCAGCUGGAGCGACAGCUUCAAGUGGACAGUCAGCUGGAGUGACAGAGACAAGUGUUGUAUCAGCUGGAGCGACAGGGAAAAGUGGACGCUCGGCUGCAGUAACGGGGACAGCUGGUGGGUCCGUUAAGGUGGCAGGGACCAGUGGACCAUCUGCUGGAGUUACAGGUUCAACUGGACUCUCCGCGGGAGUGACAGGUUCAGGUGGACAAUCUGCUGGAGUGACAGCUUCCAGUGGACAGUCCGCUGGAGUGACAGCUGGAGUGACAGGGAAAAGUGGACGCUCGGCUGCAGUAACGGGGACAGCUGGUGGGUCCGUUAAGGUGGCAGGGACCAGUGGACCAUCUGCUGGAGUUACAGGUUCAACUGGACUCUCCGCGGGAGUGACAGGUUCAGGUGGACAAUCUGCUGGAGUGACAGCUUCCAGUGGACAGUCCGCUGGAGUGACAGGGAAAAGUGGACGCUCGGCUGCAGUAACGGGGACAGCUGGUGGGUCCGUUAAGGUGGCAGGGACCAGUGGACCAUCUGCUGGAGUUACAGGUUCAACUGGACUCUCCGCGGGAGUGACAGGUUCAGGUGGACAAUCUGCUGGAGUGACAGCUUCCAGUGGACAGUCCGCUGGAGUGACAGGUUCAAGGGGACAAUCAGCUGGAGUGACAGAGGCAACUGGUCCAUCAGAUGGAGUGACAGGAAGAGCUGUCCUCUCAAGUGGAGUAACAGGGACAGCUGGACAAUCAGUUAAGGUGGCAGGGACCAGUGGACCAUCUGCUGGAGUUACGGGUUCAAGUGGACUGUCAGCUGGAGUGACAGGUUCAAGUGGACCCUCAGCUGGAGUGGCAGGGACCAGUGGACCAUCUGCUGGAGUUACAGGUUCAACUGGACUCUCCGCGGGAGUGACAGGUUCAGGUGGACAAUCUGCUGGAGUGACAGCUUCCAGUGGACAGUCCGCUGGAGUGACAGGUUCAAGGGGACAAUCAGCUGGAGUGACAGAGGCAACUGGUCCAUCAGAUGGAGUGACAGGAAGAGCUGUCCUCUCAAGUGGAGUAACAGGGACAGCUGGACAAUCAGUUAAGGUGGCAGGGACCAGUGGACCAUCUGCUGGAGUUACGGGUUCAAGUGGACUGUCAGCUGGAGUGACAGGUUCAAGUGGACCCUCAGCUGGAGCGACAGCUUCAAGUGGACAGUCAGCUGGAGUGACAGAGACAAGUGUUGUAUCAGCUGGAGUGACAGGGAAAAGUGGACGCUCGGCUGCAGUAACGGGGACAGCUGGUGGGUCCGUUAAGGUGGCAGGGACCAGUGGACCAUCUGCUGGAGUUACAGGGACCAGUGGACCAUCUGCUGGAGUUACGGGUUCAAGUGGACUGUCAGCUGGAGUGACAGGUUCAAGUGGACCCUCAGCUGGAGCGACAGCUUCAAGUGGACAGUCAGCUGGAGUGACAGAGACAAGUGUUGUAUCAGCUGGAGUGACAGGGAAAAGUGGACGCUCGGCUGCAGUAACGGGGACAGCUGGUGGGUCCGUUAAGGUGGCAGGGACCAGUGGACCAUCUGCUGGAGUUACAGGUUCAACUGGACUCUCCGCGGGAGUGACAGGUUCAAGGGGACAAUCAGCUGGAGUGACAGAGGCAACUGGUCCAUCAGAUGGAGUGACAGGAAGAGCUGUCCUCUCAAGUGGAGUAACAGGGACAGCUGGACAAUCAGUUAAGGUGGCAGGGACCAGUGGACCAUCUGCUGGAGUUACGGGUUCAAGUGGACUGUCAGCUGGAGUGACAGGUUCAAGUGGACCCUCAGCUGGAGCGACAGCUUCAAGUGGACAGUCAGCUGGAGUGACAGAGACAAGUGUUGUAUCAGCUGGAGUGACAGGGAAAAGUGGACGCUCGGCUGCAGUAACGGGGACAGCUGGUGGGUCCGUUAAGGUGGCAGGGACCAGUGGACCAUCUGCUGGAGUUACAGGUUCAACUGGACUCUCUGCGGGAGUGACAGGGACCAGUGGACCAUCUGCUGGAGUUACGGGUUCAAGUGGACUGUCAGCUGGAGUGACAGGUUCAAGUGGACCCUCAGCUGGAGCGACAGCUUCAAGUGGACAGUCAGCUGGAGUGGCAGGGACCAGUGGACCAUCUGCUGGAGUUACAGGUUCAACUGGACUCUCCGCGGGAGUGACAGGUUCAGGUGGACAAUCUGCUGGAGUGACAGCUUCCAGUGGACAGUCCGCUGGAGUGACAGGUUCAAGGGGACAAUCAGCUGGAGUGACAGAGGCAACUGGUCCAUCAGAUGGAGUGACAGGAAGAGCUGUCCUCUCAAGUGGAGUAACAGGGACAGCUGGACAAUCAGUUAAGGUGGCAGGGACCAGUGGACCAUCUGCUGGAGUUACGGGUUCAAGUGGACUGUCAGCUGGAGUGACAGAGACAAGUGUUGUAUCAGCUGGAGUGACAGGGAAAAGUGGACGCUCGGCUGCAGUAACGGGGACAGCUGGUGGGUCCGUUAAGGUGGCAGGGACCAGUGGACCAUCUGCUGGAGUUACAGGUUCAACUGGACUCUCCGCGGGAGUGACAGGUUCAGGUGGACAAUCUGCUGGAGUGACAGCUUCCAGUGGACAGUCCGCUGGAGUGACAGGUUCAAGGGGACAAUCAGCUGGAGUGACAGAGGCAACUGGUCCAUCAGAUGGAGUGACAGGAAGAGCUGUCCUCUCAAGUGGAGUAACAGGGACAGCUGGACAAUCAGUUAAGGUGGCAGGGACCAGUGGACCAUCUGCUGGAGUUACGGGUUCAAGUGGACUGUCAGCUGGAGUGACAGGUUCAAGUGGACCCUCAGCUGGAGUGGCAGGGACCAGUGGACCAUCUGCUGGAGUUACGGGUUCAAGUGGACUGUCAGCUGGAGUGACAGGUUCAAGUGGACCCUCAGCUGGAGCGACAGCUUCAAGUGGACAGUCAGCUGGAGUGACAGAGACAAGUGUUGUAUCAGCUGGGGCGACAGGGAAAAGUGGACGCUCGGCUGCAGUAACGGGGACAGCUGGUGGGUCCGUUAAGGUGGCAGGGACCAGUGGACCAUCUGCUGGAGUUACAGGUUCAACUGGACUCUCCGCGGGAGUGACAGGUUCAGGUGGACAAUCUGCUGGAGUGACAGCUUCCAGUGGACAGUCCGCUGGAGUGACAGGUUCAAGGGGACAAUCAGCUGGAGUGACAGAGGCAACUGGUCCAUCAGAUGGAGUGACAGGAAGAGCUGUCCUCUCAAGUGGAGUAACAGGGACAGCUGGACAAUCAGUUAAGGUGGCAGGGACCAGUGGACCAUCUGCUGGAGUUACGGGUUCAAGUGGACUGUCAGCUGGAGUGACAGGUUCAAGUGGACCCUCAGCUGGAGCGACAGCUUCAAGUGGACAGUCAGCUGGAGUGACAGAGACAAGUGUUGUAUCAGCUGGAGUGACAGGGAAAAGUGGACGCUCGGCUGCAGUAACGGGGACAGCUGGUGGGUCCGUUAAGGUGGCAGGGACCAGUGGACCAUCUGCUGGAGUUACAGGUUCAACUGGACUCUCCGCGGGAGUGACAGGUUCAGGUGGACAAUCUGCUGGAGUGACAGCUUCCAGUGGACAGUCCGCUGGAGUGACAGGUUCAAGGGGACAAUCAGCUGGAGUGACAGAGGCAACUGGUCCAUCAGAUGGAGUGACAGGAAGAGCUGUCCUCUCAAGUGGAGUAACAGGGACAGCUGGACAAUCAGUUAAGGUGGCAGGGACCAGUGGACCAUCUGCUGGAGUUACGGGUUCAAGUGGACUGUCAGCUGGAGUGACAGGGACCAGUGGACCAUCUGCUGGAGUUACAGGUUCAACUGGACUCUCCGCGGGAGUGACAGGUUCAGGUGGACAAUCUGCUGGAGUGACAGCUUCCAGUGGACAGUCCGCUGGAGUGACAGGUUCAAGGGGACAAUCAGCUGGAGUGACAGAGGCAACUGGUCCAUCAGAUGGAGUGACAGGAAGAGCUGUCCUCUCAAGUGGAGUAACAGGGACAGCUGGACAAUCAGUUCAGGUGGCAGGGACCAGUGGACCAUCUGCUGGAGUUACGGGUUCAAGUGGACUGUCAGCUGGAGUGACAGGGAAAAGUGGACGCUCGGCUGCAGUAACGGGGACAGCUGGUGGGUCCGUUAAGGUGGCAGGGACCAGUGGACCAUCUGCUGGAGUUACAGGUUCAACUGGACUCUCCGCGGGAGUGACAGGUUCAGGUGGACAAUCUGCUGGAGUGACAGCUUCCAGUGGACAGUCCGCUGGAGUGACAGGUUCAAGGGGACAAUCAGCUGGAGUGACAGAGGCAACUGGUCCAUCAGAUGGAGUGACAGGAAGAGCUGUCCUCUCAAGUGGAGUAACAGGGACAGCUGGACAAUCAGUUAAGGUGGCAGGGACCAGUGGACCAUCUGCUGGAGUUACGGGUUCAAGUGGACUGUCAGCUGGAGUGACAGGUUCAAGUGGACCCUCAGCUGGAGCGACAGCUUCAACUGGUGGGUCCGUUAAGGUGGCAGGGACCAGUGGACCAUCUGCUGGAGUUACAGGUUCAACUGGACUCUCCGCGGGAGUGACAGGGACCAGUGGACCAUCUGCUGGAGUUACGGGUUCAAGUGGACUGUCAGCUGGAGUGACAGGUUCAAGUGGACCCUCAGCUGGAGCGACAGCUUCAAGUGGACAGUCAGCUGGAGUGACAGAGACAAGUGUUGUAUCAGCUGGAGUGACAGGGAAAAGUGGACGCUCGGCUGCAGUAACGGGGACAGCUGGUGGGUCCGUUAAGGUGGCAGGGACCAGUGGACCAUCUGCUGGAGUUACAGGUUCAACUGGACUCUCCGCGGGAGUGACAGGUUCAGGUGGACAAUCUGCUGGAGUGACAGCUUCCAGUGGACAGUCCGCUGGAGUGACAGGGACAGGUGGACAAUCAGUUCAGGUGGCAGGGACCAGUGGACCAUCUGCUGGAGUUACGGGUUCAAGUGGACUGUCAGCUGGAGUGACAGGUUCAAGUGGACCCUCAGCUGGAGCGACAGCUUCAAGUGGACAGUCAGCUGGAGUGACAGAGACAAGUGUUGUAUCAGCUGGAGUGACAGGGAAAAGUGGACGCUCGGCUGCAGUAACGGGGACAGCUGGUGGGUCCGUUAAGGUGGCAGGGACCAGUGGACCAUCUGCUGGAGUUACAGGUUCAACUGGACUCUCCGCGGGAGUGACAGGUUCAGGUGGACAAUCUGCUGGAGUGACAGCUUCCAGUGGACAGUCCGCUGGAGUGACAGGGACCAGUGGACCAUCUGCUGGAGUUACGGGUUCAAGUGGACUGUCAGCUGGAGUGACAGGUUCAAGUGGACCCUCAGCUGGAGCGACAGCUUCAACUGGUGGGUCCGUUAAGGUGGCAGGGACCAGUGGACCAUCUGCUGGAGUUACAGGUUCAACUGGACUCUCCGCGGGAGUGACAGGGACCAGUGGACCAUCUGCUGGAGUUACGGGUUCAAGUGGACUGUCAGCUGGAGUGACAGGUUCAACUGGUGGGUCCGUUAAGGUGGCAGGGACCAGUGGACCAUCUGCUGGAGUUACAGGUUCAACUGGACUCUCCGCGGGAGUGACAGGUUCAGGUGGACAAUCUGCUGGAGUGACAGCUUCCAGUGGACAGUCCGCUGGAGUGACAGGUUCAAGGGGACAAUCAGCUGGAGUGACAGAGGCAACUGGUCCAUCAGAUGGAGUGACAGGAAGAGCUGUCCUCUCAAGUGGAGUAACAGGGACAGCUGGACAAUCAGUUAAGGUGGCAGGGACCAGUGGACCAUCUGCUGGAGUUACGGGUUCAAGUGGACUGUCAGCUGGAGUGACAGGUUCAAGUGGACCCUCAGCUGGAGCGACAGCUUCAAGUGGACAGUCAGCUGGAGUGACAGAGACAAGUGUUGUAUCAGCUGGGGCGACAGGGAAAAGUGGACGCUCGGCUGCAGUAACGGGGACAGCUGGUGGGUCCGUUAAGGUGGCAGGGACCAGUGGACCAUCUGCUGGAGUUACAGGUUCAACUGGACUCUCCGCGGGAGUGACAGGUUCAGGUGGACAAUCUGCUGGAGUGACAGCUUCCAGUGGACAGUCCGCUGGAGUGACAGGGACAGCUGGACAAUCAGUUAAGGUGGCAGGGACCAGUGGACCAUCUGCUGGAGUUACGGGUUCAAGUGGACUGUCAGCUGGAGUGACAGGUUCAAGUGGACCCUCAGCUGGAGCGACAGCUUCAAGUGGACAGUCAGCUGGAGUGACAGAGACAAGUGUUGUAUCAGCUGGGGCGACAGGGAAAAGUGGACGCUCGGCUGCAGUAACGGGGACAGCUGGUGGGUCCGUUAAGGUGGCAGGGACCAGUGGACCAUCUGCUGGAGUUACAGGUUCAACUGGACUCUCCGCGGGAGUGACAGGGACCAGUGGACCAUCUGCUGGAGUUACGGGUUCAAGUGGACUGUCAGCUGGAGUGACAGGUUCAAGUGGACCCUCAGCUGGAGCGACAGCUUCAAGUGGACAGUCAGCUGGAGUGACAGAGACAAGUGUUGUAUCAGCUGGGGCGACAGGGAAAAGUGGACGCUCGGCUGCAGUAACGGGGACAGCUGGUGGGUCCGUUAAGGUGGCAGGGACCAGUGGACCAUCUGCUGGAGUUACAGGUUCAACUGGACUCUCCGCGGGAGUGACAGGUUCAGGUGGACAAUCUGCUGGAGUGACAGCUUCCAGUGGACAGUCCGCUGGAGUGACAGGUUCAAGGGGACAAUCAGCUGGAGUGACAGAGGCAACUGGGACCAGUGGACCAUCUGCUGGAGUUACGGGUUCAAGUGGACUGUCAGCUGGAGUGACAGGUUCAAGUGGACCCUCAGCUGGAGCGACAGCUUCAAGUGGACAGUCAGCUGGAGUGACAGAGACAAGUGUUGUAUCAGCUGGAGUGACAGGGAAAAGUGGACGCUCGGCUGCAGUGGCAGGGACCAGUGGACCAUCUGCUGGAGUUACAGGUUCAACUGGACUCUCCGCGGGAGUGACAGGUUCAGGUGGACAAUCUGCUGGAGUGACAGCUUCCAGUGGACAGUCCGCUGGAGUGACAGGGACCAGUGGACCAUCUGCUGGAGUUACGGGUUCAAGUGGACUGUCAGCUGGAGUGACAGGUUCAAGUGGACCCUCAGCUGGAGCGACAGCUUCAAGUGGACAGUCAGCUGGAGUGACAGAGACAACUGGUGGGUCCGUUAAGGUGGCAGGGACCAGUGGACCAUCUGCUGGAGUUACAGGUUCAACUGGACUCUCCGCGGGAGUGACAGGUUCAGGUGGACAAUCUGCUGGAGUGACAGCUUCCAGUGGACAGUCCGCUGGAGUGACAGGUUCAAGGGGACAAUCAGCUGGAGUGACAGAGGCAACUGGUCCAUCAGAUGGAGUGACAGGAAGAGCUGUCCUCUCAAGUGGAGUAACAGGGACAGCUGGACAAUCAGUUAAGGUGGCAGGGACCAGUGGACCAUCUGCUGGAGUUACGGGUUCAAGUGGACUGUCAGCUGGAGUGACAGGGACCAGUGGACCAUCUGCUGGAGUUACAGGUUCAACUGGACUCCCCGCGGGAGUGACAGGUUCAGGUGGACAAUCUGCUGGAGUGACAGCUUCCAGUGGACAGUCCGCUGGAGUGACAGGUUCAAGGGGACAAUCAGCUGGAGUGACAGAGGCAACUGGUCCAUCAGAUGGAGUGACAGGAAGAGCUGUCCUCUCAAGUGGAGUAACAGGGACAGCUGGACAAUCAGUUAAGGUGGCAGGGACCAGUGGACCAUCUGCUGGAGUUACGGGUUCAAGUGGACUGUCAGCUGGAGUGACAGGUUCAACUGGACUCUCCGCGGGAGUGACAGGUUCAGGUGGACAAUCUGCUGGAGUGACAGCUUCCAGUGGACAGUCCGCUGGAGUGACAGGUUCAAGGGGACAAUCAGCUGGAGUGACAGAGGCAACUGGUCCAUCAGAUGGAGUGACAGGAAGAGCUGUCCUCUCAAGUGGAGUAACAGGGACAGCUGGACAAUCAGUUAAGGUGGCAGGGACCAGUGGACCAUCUGCUGGAGUUACGGGUUCAAGUGGACUGUCAGCUGGAGUGACAGGUUCAAGUGGACCCUCAGCUGGAGCGACAGCUUCAAGUGGACAGUCAGCUGGAGUGACAGAGACAAGUGUUGUAUCAGCUGGAGUGACAGGGAAAACUGGUGGGUCCGUUAAGGUGACAGGGACCAGUGGACCAUCUGCUGGAGUUACAGGUUCAACUGGACUCUCCGCGGGAGUGACAGGUUCAGGUGGACAAUCUGCUGGAGUGACAGCUUCCAGUGGACAGUCCGCUGGAGUGACAGGUUCAAGGGGACAAUCAGCUGGAGUGACAGAGGCAACUGGGACCAGUGGACCAUCUGCUGGAGUUACGGGUUCAAGUGGACUGUCAGCUGGAGUGACAGGGACCAGUGGACCAUCUGCUGGAGUUACAGGUUCAACUGGACUCUCCGCGGGAGUGACAGGUUCAGGUGGACAAUCUGCUGGAGUGACAGCUUCCAGUGGACAGUCCGCUGGAGUGACAGGUUCAAGGGGACAAUCAGCUGGAGUGACAGAGGCAACUGGUCCAUCAGAUGGAGUGACAGGAAGAGCUGUCCUCUCAAGUGGAGUAACAGGGACAGCUGGACAAUCAGUUAAGGUGGCAGGGACCAGUGGACCAUCUGCUGGAGUUACGGGUUCAAGUGGACUGUCAGCUGGAGUGACAGGUUCAAGUGGACCCUCAGCUGGAGCGACAGCUUCAAGUGGACAGUCAGCUGGAGUGACAGAGACAAGUGUUGUAUCAGCUGGAGUGACAGGGAAAAGUGGACGCUCGGCUGCAGUAACGGGGACAGCUGGUGGGUCCGUUAAGGUGGCAGGGACCAGUGGACCAUCUGCUGGAGUUACAGGUUCAACUGGACUCCCCGCGGGAGUGACAGGUUCAGGUGGACAAUCUGCUGGAGUGACAGCUUCCAGUGGACAGUCCGCUGGAGUGACAGGGACCAGUGGACCAUCUGCUGGAGUUACGGGUUCAAGUGGACUGUCAGCUGGAGUGACAGGUUCAAGUGGACCCUCAGCUGGAGCGACGGCUUCAAGUGGACAGUCAGCUGGAGUGACAGAGACAAUUGGACCAUCAACUGGAGUGACAGGGACAACUGGGCUCUCAGCUGGAGUGACAGGGACAAGUGGAAAAUCAUUGAAAGUGGCAGGGACCAGUGGAACAUCUGCUGGAGUGACAGGUUCUACUGGACUCUCAGCUGGAGUGACAGAGACAACUGCGCCAUUUUCGGGAAGACCAGAGACAAUUGGACCAUUGGCUGGAGUGACAGGUUCAACUGAAUCAUCAGCUGGAGUGACAAGGACAACUGAACUCUCAUCUGGAGUGAUAGGGACAACGAGACAAUCAGCUGGAGUGACAGAGAUAACGGGGCCAUCAUCUGGGGAAUUAGGGACAACUCGACUGUCAACUGCCACAACCACUGUGGCAGGAAGAACUACCGACGAACCAGGUAGUGAAUUUACAACACAUGAAGCUACAACUAGAGUACCUUCUGCAAUUUCCACAAGAGCCAGAGGUAAAAGCACAGCUUUCACAUCGGGUUCCACGGGAGCCAUACCUGGCUCAACAAUUGCACCAGGAAGUACCACUACAGGAGCUUCUGGUGGUGGCUCAGGCAAAAUCACAGAGGCCACAACUGCUACAGGGACUAGCAGAGCAGGACUGUCAGGAGGCACCACCAUUAUCUCUCCUGAAGUCAGCAGCAGUUCAGGAGUGACCAACACAGGUAUCACUGGAGUAGGCUCUGAGACAUCCAUUCAAACAGAAAUUUCCUACACAGGCACCACGGGGGCAGCUCCUGGCACAACUGUUGCUGCUGGCAGGUCCAGUACAGCGACCACCACGGUUUCACCUGGACUCAGCAAAAGUUUACGGGGUCCCAAGGCAGGUACUUCUGGAACAUUCUCUGGGACAACCACUACAUCUGGAGUUUCCAAUACAGUCACCACUGGGGCAGCUUCUGGCACAAGUGUUGCCCUCGGCAGUUCCAAAACAGCUACCUCUGGGGCAGGUUCUGGAAAGACUCAGGAACCUGGGACGUACAGCACAGAGGCCACAAGUUCCACAGGAGGCGACGGGACCACUCUAUCAGAAGCCCCAGGAGGUACUUCUGGUACAUUCUCUGGGACAACCACUAUAUCUGGAGUUUCUAAAGCAGCAUUUCGGCAUCCCCAGACCUCACGAUUCCUCUCUUCCUCAGAGGCCACAGGUUCCACAGAAGGCAGGGCCGGUACCAGGAGUGAAUCCCGAACAGAGGCUACAACUUCCCUAGGAGGAAGGGGAACAAGAGGUGGAAUAGCCUCAGCUACCUCUGGACCAGUCUCUGGAAAGACUCUGGAGCCUGAGAAUGACAACACAGGUACUCCUGGUGAAUUCUCUGGAACAACCAUUAUAUCUGGAGUUUCCAACACAGAGGACACUGAUUUCACAGAAGGCAGGAACAGUACUGGAAGCGAAUCCAGAUCAGCCACCAGUAGGGCAGCUCCUGGCACAACUGUUGCCCCUGGCAGUUCCAAUACAGGUAGUUCUGGGCUAGUCUCUGGAAAGACACUGGAACCUGGGAAUGACAAUACAGAGGCCACAAGUUCCACCAAAGGCAGGGACAGUACAGGGAGUCAGUCCAGUACAGCCACCACUGGGGAGGCUCCUGGCACAAGUGUUGCCCCUGGCAGUUCCAAAACAGAGGCUACAACCGCCCUCAUAGGACAUGGAAGCACAAGAGGUGGAAUAGCCACAGCUACCUCUGGGUCAGUCUCUGGAAAGACUCUAGAGCCUGGGAAUGACAACACAGAGGCCACAAGUUCCGCAGGAGGGGGCAGGACCACUGGAUCAAAAGGAGGUACUCCUCGUAAAUUCUCUGGAACAACCAUUAUAUCUGGAGUUUCCAACACAGAGGCCACAAGUUCCACAGAAGGCAGGGACAGUACUGGGAGUGAAUCCAGAACAGCCACCAGUGGGGCAGAGCCUGGCACAACUGUUGCUCCUGGAAGUUUCAAUACAGCUGCCUCUGGGCUAGUCUCUGGAAAGACUCUGGAACCUGGGAAUGACAACACAGACUCAUCCUGGCUUUCUUUUCUCUCAGAGGCCACAAGUUCCUCAGGAUUGGGCGGGACCACCCCAUCAGUAGCUUCAGGAGGUACUUCUGGUGAAUUCUUUGGGACAACCACUGCACCUGGAGUUUCCAGCACAGAGACCACAACUCUUGGAGAAGGCAGGGGCAGUACUGGCACUGAAUCCAGAACAGGUGAGGAGGAGCAGCCCGUGACUUGGGUGUCACCAGGAAUAAUGACUCUUAAGAUGACUUGUUUGAGAAGCCUUCAGGAGACAAACAGGGGUCAGUAUGAUGAUUCCAGUCCCUUUUGUGUUUCAGCCACCACUGGGGUAGCCCCUGGCACAACUGUUGCUCCUGGCAGUUCUAACACAGAGGCAACAGCUUUCCUAGGAGUAAGUAGAACAACAAGAGUUGGAAUAGCCACAGGUACUGCUGGUGUAGUCUCUGGAAAAACUCUGGAGCCUAGCAUUUACAACACAGAGGUCACAACUUUCACGGGAGGAAACAGGACCACGCAAGCAGAACUUCCAGGAGGUACUAUGGGAGAAUUCUCUAGGACAACCAUUAUAUCUGGAAGUUCCCACACAGCCACCACUGGGGUAGCCCCUGGCACAACUGUUGGCCCUGGCAGUUCCAACACAGAGGCCAUAACUUCUGUAGGAGAACGUGGAACAAGAGUUGGAAUAAUCCCAGGUUACCUCUGUUCAGGCACUAACUGUACUACUGAGGGAAUCUCUGACAAAACUCUGGAACCUGGAAGUGCCAACACAGAGGCCACAACUUCCACAGAAGAGACUAGUACUGCUGGAACUGGAUUCAAAACUGCAGGCAUCACUGCAGGGCCAGGGAACCAAGCAGGCACCUCCAGGGUAGCCCCUGGCACGACAGUCGCCCCUGGAAGUUUCAGUACAGCAGCUACAGCUUCUCCUGGAGAAAGUGGAACGACGGAAGUUGAAACCACUACGGAAACCACAACUUUCCUAGGAGGAAGUGGCACCACUGGAGCAGAAAUAAAAUCGGGGGCCACCACUGGAGCAUUAGGAAGUAGGACAGGCACUGCUGGAGUGCCCUCAGGUACACUAGUCACACCCGGAAGCUCCAGCUCAGAGGCCACAACUUUCUUGGGAACCACUGAAGCAGUAACAGUCCUAGGUAAAAAUGGGACGCCCUUCCUCUUUGUAAUUCCAGAAACCAGUGGAGUAGUCUCUGGCAUAACUGUUGCACCUGGAAGUUCCACCCCAGGAACCACCUCUGGAGCAUCAGACAAUCAAAUCACUGGAAGUAAAACAGGCACCACUGGUGUGGCCUUGAGCACAACUGUUGCACCUAGAAGUUCCAGUACAGAAGCCACAACUUCCACAGCAAUCGGUGGAACCACUAUAGUAGGAUGGAAAACAGAAGCUACAACAUCCAUUGGAGGUGGUGGAACCACAGGAAGUGGAAUAAAUACACGUAUUACUGGAGUGGUCCCUGGCAGUACCAUCUCACCUGGCAGUUCCAACACAGCUACCGCUGGCACAUCCAAGAGGUCAAGCCCUGGAAGUGAAACAGGCACCAGUGGUGUAGUCUCUGGCACGACAGUUGCCUCUGGAAGUUCCAGCACAGAUGCCACAACUUCUUUGGGAGGUAGUGGAAACACCAAGGCUGGAAUUAAAAUAGUUACCACUGGAAUAACUACUGGUACAACCAUUGCACCUGGGAAUUCUAACACAAAGGCUAUAACUUCUAUAGAAGUUGAAACUACUACCACUGCGGUUGGAAUGGCAACUGGAGUCACCAGCAUAAUUCCAGGAAGCCAACCAACUGGAAAUCAAGCAGGUUCCACUGGGACAGGCUCUGGAACUACAGCUUCACCUGGAGGUUUUAGAACAGGCAACACCACAGGAUCAAUAGAAGUCACCAGCAGCCAAGAAGGCACCACUGGCACAGCCUCUGGCUCAACAGCUAUUUCUGGAGGUUCCAACACAGGUACGGCCAAUGAAGCAUCUGAAACAACCAUUUCUCCUGGAAUUUCCACCACAGUUACUGUUUCCAUAGGAGUCAAAGAAACCUCUGGAACUGGAGUGCAAACAGGUUCCACCACAGUUUUAGCAGGAGUCGCAACAAGCCCACACGUAUUCCAGCCAGAAACCACUGUAGUGGCAACAGUGGAUCAAGAAACUGAAAAUAAAACAGAAUGUCUAACAUCACUUCCACCAGCUCCAGUUUGUCAUGGUCCACUGGGAGAAGAAAAAACUCCUGGAGACACCUGGACUAGCAAUUGCCACAAUUGUACCUGUACUGCUGCAAAGACUGUAGACUGCAAACCUCAGGAGUGCCCUUCUCCACCCACAUGCAAAACUGGAGAAAAGCUUGUAAAGUUCAAAUCUAAUGAUACCUGCUGUGAAACCGGAUACUGUGAACCAAGAACAUGUUCAUUUAACAAUACUGACUAUAGGAUUGGUGCUUCAUUUGAGGACCCCAGCAACCCAUGUGUCUCCUACUCCUGCAAUAGCACUGGCCUCAUUGCAGUAGUCCAGAACUGCCCAAAGCAGACCUGGUGUGCAGAAGAGAAUAGAGUCUAUGAUUCAGAAAAGUGUUGCUAUACAUGUAAGAAUGACUGCAGAUCUUCACCUAUAAAUGUGACCGUUCACUACAAUGGUUGCAGCAAAAGAGUUAAGAUGGCAAGAUGCGUAGGGGAAUGCAAAAAGACUGUCAGGUACAAUUAUGAUACCUUUCAGUUGGAAAAUUCGUGCCUUUGCUGCCGAGAAGAAAACUAUGAGUUCAGAGACAUUAUUCUUGACUGCUCUGAUGGCAGUACAGUAUCUUACAGAUACAGGCACACCACAACCUGUUCUUGUUUAGACAUGUGCUACCAGUCUACAACCUCAACACCCAGUUAA